AUGCAGGUGAUGGUGACGAACACUACAAGACUCUGCUCAACUAAGCCUGCAGUUACAGUUAACGGGCUUUUCCCGGGUCCAACAAUCUUUGCCAAUGAAGACGACGACCUGCUCGUCAAGGUUGUCAACCAGGUCCAGUACAAUUUGACCAUCCACUGGCACGGAAUAAAGCAACUUCGCAGCGGAUGGGCGGACGGGCCGGCAUUCAUAACCCAAUGUCCAAUUCAACCAGGGCAAACUUACGUGUACAACUUCACAAUCACAGACCAGAGAGGAACGCUCUGGUGGCACGCUCAUAUUGGCUGGCUCAGGGCCACCGUCCACGGCGCACUUGUUAUCCUGCCUAAACUUGGCGUGCCCUACCCUUUUCCCCACCCGGAUAGCGAAGUGGUCAUCAUUUUAGCUGAAUGGUGGAAGUCAGAUAUCGAGACGCUGAUCAAUAGCGCAAUGAAAGAAGGCCUUCCAUUUCAGGUUUCUGAUGCAUACACAAUCAAUGGCCAAUCAAGGCCUAUCUCAAAUUGCUCUUCAGAAGGGGGAUUUAGUUUUCCGGUGGAACCAGGCAAGAAAUAUAUGCUGAGGAUCAUCAAUGCUGCACUUAAUGAAGAGCUCUUCUUCAAGAUUGCCGGCCACAGUCUCACGGUUGUUGAGGUUGAUGCAACAUAUGUGAAACCAUUCAAAACAGGCACCAUUUUCAUAACGCCAGGGCAGACCACAAAUGCCAUUUUAGAGGCUGAUCUUGGUACGGGCAACUACUUGAUGGCAGCCUCACCAUUCAUGGCGGAGCCCAUUCCUAUCGACUACACGGCUGCCACUGCCACUGUGCAUUAUUCCGGCACCCAAUCAUCUGCAGCCACCACAUUAACAGACCUUCCACCUAGAAAUGCAACUCCUCUGGCUACAGCAUUCGUCGACUCUCUGAAAAGCCUCAACUCACAAAGAUACCCUGCCAGAGUCCCCUUGACCGUUGAUCAUUCUCUCCUUUUCACAAUGGGCCUAGGCUUCAACCCCUGUGCUACUUGCAUCCAUGGAUCGCGAAUAGCUGCAUACUUCAACAACAUCUCAUUCAUCAGGCCAGAGAUCUCGCUCCUUAAUGCACAUUUCUUUAAUAUCAGCGGUGUCUUCGCUGAUGAUUUUCCGGGGAAUCCGCCAAUCCGGUAUAACUACACCGGCGAACAACCUACGAACCUUAGGACAAUGGAAGGUACGAGGCUUUACAGACUCGCCUUUAACUCGACAGUUCAACUGGUCUUGCAAGACACGGCAAUGAUCACCCCGGAAAACCAUCCAAUUCAUUUGCACGGAAUGAACUUCUUCGUCGUGGGAAGAGGUUUGGGGAAUUUCGAUCCAGAAAAGGAUCCCAGCAACUUUAAUCUUGUAGACCCUGUGGAAAGAAACACUGUUGGAGUCCCUUCUGGUGGAUGGGUAGCUGUCAGAUUCAGGGCUGAUAAUCCAGGAGUUUGGUUCAUGCAUUGCCAUCUAGAAUCACACACACUUGUGGGACUUGAGAUGGCAUUUGUGGUGGACAAUGGGCAAGGACCAAAUCAAUCUGUUCGUCCACCUCCUAGAGAUCUUCCCAGCUGCUAAGAAUUUCCGAAGGCCGACGAAAUGCUGUUGCUUGCGCGUUACUUUUUUUUUUUGGGUUUCCUCCGUUGUAAAGUCAAAGAUGGAGAAAAGAUGGCAGACUAAGCAUGAAAAUAAGGACAUCAUACACACCACUUGAUCAAUUCCCGCUGCCAAAUGUGACGGUUCCAUCCAAUGUUUGUGGAAUACGUACAAUAAUGUAUACUGAUUGUAAUGCUUUUUUUUUUUUUACUCCCCACCUCCUGGAACCAAGA